GAAUGCUACAUUUCUCCAAAUCUGUUGACAUAAAGAAAACAAAAUUUCAGCUAAUUUUCAUUUUUGGGUGAACUGUUACUUUAUGCUUAAAAAAAUAAAAUAAAACAUUUGGGGUGUAAAAAAACUCCCAAAUCUGGAAAGUUUAAACCUGUCCUUUUUUCCAUUAUUCAAUAUGUGCACGUGUCAUUGUAUUAUUAUGUUUUUAUGUAUGCAAACUCUAUAAAUAAAAUGUUAUUAAAAGAUGACAACUGCAGUUAUAAUAUUUUAGGUUAGAGUAAACUUCUCUAAGAAAAAUAUUUCAGCGCAACAAUGAAUAGAAUAGAACAGAACAGAACAGAACAAUCAUACCACAAAAAUGCUGCAGCUCAAGUAGGAUCAACAAGUGUCCACUAGGAACUCAUCUGGUAUCGAGUGAGUCGUGGUGCUUUUUUACAUAGUAAUGAGAUUAAAUCAGUAAAAAUAGUUGUUACUUACUAACAAUCUGAACAGCUAUUUUAAAUACUUUAAUAUUGUAUUCAAACUGCUCUGAUAAAUUUGUAUCAUUGGCCGUAUGGUUGACUUAUUAGCAUGACAACAUCCCAUUGUACCAUACAUUCUCUGCUUUUAAAAGCACUGUUGAUUCUGUCUAGGCACAAAAUAAACAUCAGCAUGACAGUUAGACAAAGACAGAUAAAGAAGAAUGUGUGCAUUAAUGAGUUGCAUGGAAUUCCAGUUACUUGUACAUGCAGAACCCAAAGGUGAGCUCAGCAUACUUUCUUCAGUGGAUUAAAACACUCCUUCACACAGGUAGCUCCUCUGCACGUGUCUAAGCAUCUAGUAUAUUUAAUGCAAUCUCAUGUCUGCGCAAAUCAAGCUGUUUGACGUGAAAAGAGACCACUAGGCAGGUGUUGAGUUCCAGCCUUGCCCCCUUUUGACUAUAGCUGGGAGGGAAGGAAGGUCUCAAUCUCUGCUCCCCGGAGAAGACUGGCUCGGCUGGUAGAACCAGUCACAAUAGCUAGGCCGGCGACAGAGACGUGUUUACUAAAGACACAAUAAGCUCAGAGAUCUAAUAUCAGCCUUAUAAUGCGAGAGGAAGUGGGCUGAGGGAGACCAAAACACGUUUUAGGGAUGGUUGCUGAUGAUUUGCUGACUCAAGAAGCGGAUUUGGACGAAAGCUAAAAAUGGGCAGAUUGCAGUGAUGACUAGUUGCUCACAUUGGCUGGUGACGGGGAGUAAUUUAACACCAGACAGAGAGAAGCCAUUUAGAAUGGGAGGAGAUAGCAGUGAUAUGUCAGAACUUGACGGAAAGAGUCAAUGGACUGAGGGUGUGUGAGUAAGACAGACCGCCACAGACGGUCUGUAUUCCAGGACAUUUCAAAGUUCCUCAAAUCUUCAAGAGACUAGGGAAAUGUUUCUACCAUGGAGUAUUCUCCUUUUUCAUUGACUCUUGGUGUUUAAAAAGAGUUUAAUAUCUUCAACACAUGAAGAAGAACCUCAACUACUGAAUAAUUCACCAACCUCCAGAUGCCGGUUAUUGUUUACAUAUCAACAUGUAAUUUUCCUCAGUCAUUUUCCUUGUAGGAGAAGGAUAUCUCCAACCAUCGUCGGGCUCCAAUCAUGUCAAACACUCAAGAGCAGAGCCUCAACGAGAACAUCGUCUUCGCUCCACUGACAGAAUCCAGUCCGGACUUCUUGCACUGCGAGGAAGAGCGCUAUUGUGUGGAAAGCCUGGUGAGCUCCGGAGCGGAGGCUUUCUACACCAAACUCCACCAAGAACAAAUCGGAUCGUUCCUGUCCCCCGGUGAGGUGAACCAGAUCUCCAGCUGGGCCGAGGACUAUCAUCAAAGUGAUGCAAUCCAGGAAGAUGGAAAUGGCGAGGUGGAGGUUGGUUCUAAUGGGGAGGACUUCUCUGGACAUUAUUUUCCCACAGAGUCCGACACUCCAGCACCAUGCUUGGAACUGGGAUGGCCGGAAAGGACCAUCUGGAUGGACAUGGGACAGAUUCACGUCUACACCAACCCUCCUGCAGAACAGGCGCCCUCAAUACGGGAAGUCCUCAGGAGACACCUACAAGGAGCCACUAAGCUGAUCGCCGUGGUAACGGAUAAAUUGUCGGACAACGCUGUGAUUGGUGACCUCCAAAACGCUGCAUCACGGGGAGUUCCUGUGUACAUCAUCCUCAACAAAAGAUCUGUGGAAGAGAACUGCUUUUCACACUGGCUUCAACAUCCGAAUAUUAUGGUGCGCGUUCUUGGAGGUAAAACGUACCUGACGCGUGACACUAAGAUAGUCGUCGGAGAACUGAAGGACAACUUUGUGUUGGUGGAUCUGGAGACGGUGAUAUUUGGGAGCUACAGUCUUAGCUGGACCGACGCUCACCUGCACCGUCAGCUCGUCACUGUUUUGAGCGGCCGGGCCGUUGAAUCAUUCGAUCAAGAGUUUCGGACCCUCUAUGCUGCCUCACUCCCGAUCCCAGAUGCAUGGAAAACUGGAAAAGUAGCUACCGAACCCAAACCAUUAAAAAAAGUACAGCCACUGAACAUUAAUAUCAACAAAGUUGAACUCAAAGAGUUGGUCUCCAGUCCUCCACCUCCACCUACCGACAACCCCCUGGACUGGGAGGCGAUGGGGGUCAUCCAGAGAUUCCUGGACAGCCCUCUAACUCCACCUGAUGCUGCUGAGGUGCCGUUUCAUCAUCAACAGCUCCUGGAACGGCAUCCGGGAAGAUGGGAGCCUUCCUACAAUGACUUUAACAGCAGACUUCUGCCUGGGUAUCAAGAAGACGUUAAGUUUAGUUCAAUGUUUCUGUCAGAUCUAAGGCACCCGGAAUAUCCAAGAGCAAGGCGACAUUACUCUCCAGGAGAAAUGCAUUGCAAUGAGGUGGUGAACAGGCCUCCUCUACAGAUUCCUGACAGAAUCACGUAUCCUCUACUGAAUGCUGAAAGUGAGGAGAGGUUUCCGCUGUACAAAUCUCGCACCCACCGAAUGGACAUGACAUCAGAGGAAGAGCUCGGAGCCGCUGCGAGAAGAGAGCCCUACCAGAGGCGGGACAGAGCUUUAGGAGAUACGAUGAACCCCGAAGGAAGCACACAAGCUCAUUUUAAGAAGCCAUCAGAACUGUCACGGAGCAAGACUUUCAGCACUUUGAGUGACAUUCUAAAACGGGUUAAUGCACGUGCGGGUUCCUCAGGACAGCAGAGGACAGACAACCGAGCGCCGGGCGUCAGCAAAUCCACACUGGACCUCAAUUUACAGCGUUCAGACACGGCAUCAAAUGCUCGAACCACCAACUGUGAUAAUCUGCCCUUGACUCCAGCUCUGGCCCUUAUGAAAAAGCGAAACGAUGAGAUUAAAUCGGGACUGUUGAGGAGCAUGCCCGGUGUGUUUACACCGGGUUACAGAACUCCCAAGUUUGGCCUGCAGAGGGAGACAUGGAGGGCUCCAUUCAGAAGUCAUAGAAGUGAAGAGGAGCACUGAUGUUAUGCAGGAAAACCCAGGCAAUGACAUCACCAGUGUUACAAUAAUUCCCACGUAUUUAAAUAUGUAAAUGUUACCGUAAUAAACAGGACUGCAGGUAAAAGGGGAUCUUCCUGCUUGCAGAAAAUAAAUAUUCAUCAGCAACGUUACACUUGAAAAAUAAGACUAUUAAUUUAUGCCUGAUUAAAAUGUGUAUUGACAGAUGUGAUGGACUGUCACUGAAUUCAAAUGCCAGCUGUUUACACUGCCUACUGUUUAAGACAUACCUUCAUUUGAACUAGAUUUAUAAAAUCAAAUACCACAACAAA